AUGCCGGAAUCAUCGCCUGAGACAUCAACGAAUGGCCCAGAGCCUUCGUCAACCAAGGACGAUGACGUGGAAGACGUUGAUUCUACGAGAGUCCCCAAGGCAAGGUACAGCGACAGCCACGACGACAAGGAUGCGGGAACGCGGAGAAAUGGCGGAGAUGCCAGCGGAGAUGCUCUCGUUCCUGGACCAGCUCGAGCUAUUUUCGGGUAUGACUCUGACUCGGUCUGCGAGCUUGCGUUUGCCGAGGGUCAGCUCCUUGAGGUGUUGGAGGUGCACGAGGAUGGAUGGUGCCUUGCGCGGACGGACCAUGGCGCGAAAGGAAUGGUGAGCGUCGGAGCUGGGCGGGAGCAGCAGGCCGGGGUUGACGGUUGGCCCGAGCAGGUGCCGUGCUCUUACAUCAAGAUGGAGCCGAGCGCCGAGUUCAGAGUCACAUCGCCACACUGGGAGGAAGCGCCUGACGACAGUGAGUUCACUGCUACGGGAAGCUUGAAGAAAGUAUCCAAGAAGAACGGGGCCGAAAACUCCCUGAGCUUGUCCCAUUGCCACGAUAGCUUGUCCAGCAUGGAGGUUGAAGAGCAGGACGAGGCGGCAGUGGAGCAGUCUGCAGCGAGGCCUUCUUCAGAUGCUGACGAGGCAGCAAGCAAGGCGCCACGGGGAGAUAGAGAUACGACAGGAGCUGCCAGCAUCAAGUCAGCUCCCAGAUUUUGCGGUACAGGACCGAACGGAGACUGGGAGCAUGUCCAGGUGAGUUUCGUGGUGGAAGAUGCGGCGGUUGAGCUGACGGGAGUUAUCAAGGUCAUCACCCCCGACAUGGCAAACAGGCUUGUUCUGAAUCGUGGGGCUGUGUUUUCGAAGUACAGUUACAAGAAAGGAAUGGUUGGAGUGAAGCAAAAGUCAGACAGAAUCGUAUGGUUGUCUGGGGACAACAAGAUCAUGUGGCAAGACCCGAGCUCGAAAUCAGUCCUGACUUCCAACAUUUUAACUGGAGGAAACGCUUCUCCAAGCACUAGGCAGCCCGGAUUCAUCGUGGUGGGAGAGAUCAUCUCGAUUUCGCGCACUGCGCCUCAUCAUUACGGGGUGGACAAUGAACUGAGCAUCUACAUCGUCACUACCCAUCGCUCCCUCUUGCUGGAGGCCCCCAACAGCGAGGAGAGGGAGUUCUGGUUCUCUGAGCUGAGCAAGAUCGUUGAGACGGCUAAGGCUGAGCAGAGGGAGCGGAGGAGGCAGGAGAAGUGCCUGGAGAAAGACUUCAGCAUGACUGAGAGGAGGAGGCAGUGGAUGCAGGACAUCCUGCCCAACUUCGAGAAGAUGCGGGAAACCAAGCAGUGUCGAGCCCUUUGCUGGCUGGGAGUCCCCACGAAUCUCCGAGUUGAAGUCUGGAGAAAGUGCAUCGGAAAUCAGCUGCAGAUCACUAAGGAGCUGUACGACAUCUUCAGGAGCCAUGCGCAGAGAGCUCGACGGGAUCUUGAGAAGAGUCUUGAGAUCGCGAUGAACGACCCCAACAACCAGCACGCGCUGCUGGGGUCCGAGUCAAGUCUAAAGGACAAGUCUUUCUGGAAGUUGAGAAGAGGAGAUGGAGGCAGCGGUAGAGAAAUUAGCUAUGAGGAAGAAGAAGAUUCAUGGGGGGAGAGGAGUUUUGGUUGGAGGGCUGGGGGGCCUGACGAAGGAGGAUUUUUCCAUCAAGGGGGGCCGCUAGAGGCUCAGCUGAGGGACGUGCUGGAGGCGUACAUCUUCUACAGGCCAGAUGUUGGUUAUGUGCAAGGGAUGAGCUACCUCGCUGCGAUGCUCCUCCUCACGAUGGACACCUACCAGGCGUUCGUCGCUCUCACCAACCUCCUCCACAGUCAUUACUUCCUCUCCUUCUUCGCCAUGGACAUGCUGCAGGCGACUGUUUACCUUCAGAUUCGCAUUCGCUUCAGCGUCUUCGAGCAUUUCUUCGAGCGACUGCUCCCUGACCUCUUCGAGACCUUCCAAGAGCUUGGAGUGACAACUGACUUCUCCCUCCCUCUCCCUCUUUUCUCAUUGCUUUCUCCUCGUUCAGGCAUCUGGGACAAUUAUCUUCUCAACGGAGAAUCCUUUAUGAUCAGAGCUGCUCUUGGCGUCCUCAAGUGGCUUUCAGCACAACUUGUCGACAUGCCCUUCGAGGAUCUCAUGGUUACCCUUACCCACCUCCACAAUCAGGUGGACAUCGAGGAGGAGGAGCUCUUCGACGCCAUCGCCUCCAUCAAAGUUCGUCCUCCUGCACUCCCUCCCCUCCCUCACUCGCGUCCUUGCAGGUCACCGAGGAAGAGUUCGCCGCUGUGCUCAAGGCCCAGAAGGUGA